AGUGGGUGGUCCCCGCUGCUUGACGAAGACCAGCAUGCUUGACCGCGACAGCAACGACGACGGCGGCGGCGACUUCAGAGACACGAAAUUUCCAGGCCCAUGUAACACGCGGUUCCCUUUCCCUUCCUCGAGGAGGCCGAGACGCGAGACGCUUCCAGCAGCGGCGAGCCCUUUCGUCGCCCCGAGGGCCCGCCAAAGCACCGAGAAACCAGGCGGCUUCCGACGGAGGAGAGGCUAUCUGGCGCGAUUAGAGACAGCGAUGAGGUUCCUCCUGCUGCUGCUGCUGUCCGCGCUCAUCGCGUGCUCCUGGACCGGCGUCGAGGCCGGCUCGGUCGAGGGACAGCGGCCGGUGUCCAGGACCAGGAGAGAGCCUCUCCUGGACGUCCAGCCGAGUCCCAAGGGUCUAGACCUGUCCCUGGAUGCCUGGCACAGCGUCCCGCCGUACCUCAGGCAGGUGCUGACGGCCAUCGACGACCGGCUGCGAGGGCUGGACGCGUUCGGGUCGGCGCUGCGGCUCACCCGCAUCGACUUCUCACUGGAGCAGACCCUGCGCAAGCUGGACGCCCUGGACAGCCGGCUGGGCAGGCUCGAGGCCAAGAUGGACCUCCGCCUGGAGAGUGACGCCUUCUCCCAGAGCAGGAAAGACAGCGUCGCACAGGGCAACGACGAACACCUGUCCAGGCGCCUCGAAGCCGUUGCCGACAAGCUCAACAAUAAGAUGUCCUUCUUGGAGACCAAGCUGGACAUGCGCGCCGAUCGACUCACCAACAAGCUGGAGCUCAUGGAGCGGGACCUGCAAGACUCCUCCGAGGACGCGCUCGAGAAGAUCGCCAGGGGUGACGAGUCCCGCGCUAGGCUCCAGUCGGACGUGUCCAAGAUACUAGACUCCCUGGACAAGAUGGACGCCUCCCAGCGACAGAUGGACACUGUUAUCCGCGCCGACGUCUCCGACGUCAUCAAGCGGUCUGACGCUAAGAUGGACCUCUUCAGCCAUGAGAUCCUCACCGUGGCGUCCCUGCUGCGCGCCAUUCAGACGGACGCCACGAGAACCUCGGCCGCCUGCCGGAGCGGCCCGGAGUCUCCGUCCUGGGAGCAGGUGACCAACCUGACCGACCUGGUCGAGAAGAUGCUUCGGGCGGGCACCGAGCAGUUCAACGAGAUCGACGCUGAUGUGGAGAGCUACACGCGCAAGGUCAUCAACGGCAUCCAUGGCCUGCACGAGCUGCGCCGCACUACCGAUGACUUCGUCCGCGGGGCCUUCCAGGACACCGUGGCCCAAGGCAAUCGGACGCGGGUCAUGGUGCGCGAGGAGUUCCGCAAGCUGCACGAGCAGAUUGAGCCGCUGCCCUUGAUCGAGCCGCGCCUCAGCCUGCUCAGCGAGGGACUCGAGCGCAAGAUCUCCGAGCUGAGCGCCACCGUGGACCACAGCUUCGCCACGCUGCUCGUGGCACAGAACUCGUUCAUCUCCUCCUGCCACCGGAUCCAGGAGGAGGAGAUCCAGCUGUACGACCUGCUCGAGCGCAUCAUCCACGAGAUGAGGAACAGGUCCCAGGGGGACACCCAGCGCAUCAGCGACCAGCUGCAGGGACACAGCGACCACGUGGCCGCCCUGCUCAGGGGAGCCGUCAACGCCGUCUUCGCCGCCGGAAACAGCACGCUCGACGAGGUACGCCGGCUCGUGUCUGAACCCUGCAGUCGCCAGCCGUGCUUAAAGGCGGCAACGAACGUCUCGACGAACGCCUCAACACCCACCAUGCCCUCCACAAGACCAGUGACAGGCAGGUCAGCAACAGUCCCCUUGCAACGGACCUUGGCCAGGACGUCCGUCAACGGCACCGCAGAGUACGAGUACUACGAUGACGUUAAGUAGUGUGUCGUCACUGUUUAUUGAAAAAUCCAAAAGUGAACUAGAAGCAAACACUCAAAUACGCCGUUCUUCCCAGGUUGCACAGUUCCGUGUACGUCAUAUUGCUUCGUCAGGCCCCUCUUCGACCAAUGUUGUAGCGCUAAGCUGACAGCGCGGUGGCAGAUAUACGUGCUCGUUGAACCAGUCAUACACGCGUCAAUCUUUGGCCAUGUGAUCAGGCGGCAGACGGUUGAUUGGUCCGUCCAGCGCGUAGCCUCCGCAGUUCUGUCAGCCUGGGGUGAACGGAGCAUAGCUUUCCCUCACCAGCGCCUGCCCUCACGCUGCUGCAGUGGUGCGAAGAAAGGAAAUAGAAACGGACACGGCUCAACUCAUGGAGACCGGAACGAACCCGCGCUACCUCCGCGUAGUGACCACGCGAUUCUUUUGGACCAUUGCACCCAACCUGAGCAGUGACCGAAACGCGUCACCCCCGCAAAUACUUGUCUCUCUUUAUAAACCAAUAUUUUACUUUUACCUGUAUAUAGAUAUCCUGCUUUUUAUCAGGACCUGAACUCUGCCGUUUUGCUUUCAGGCGGACUCAUCGAUCCCUUCAUAAACUCGAGGAUACAUUUCUACA